CGGGGUCGGGAAGGGCCUUCGUUUGCCCCGGCCGUGCCCAGUGGGCUGCCGGGAACGGGUGGGGUGCCGAAGACGGCUGGAGCCGGGACGCGCUACGGUUGACGGGACUCUGCGCUGCGCUCUGUUAAGACCGAGGGGAACCUGCGGAGCGGCGGGGGUGAGGAAACAGGUGCCGGCGUUGGGUUGCGGCAGAGUAAGGCGGCUCCACACCCAAUGUGGGGCUUGAACUCAGGACCCUGAGCUUGAGCAUCACGUGCUCUCCCGACCGAGCCAGCCAGGCGCCCCUCCACCCAUCCACUUCAGAGCUGACUGAGAAGGCUUCUGGAUCUUCCCUGGCCAGGGGACUUCUCCCAGCCUCCAGCUAUGCGUCUCUCUGCCGUGCUGGCCUUGGCAUCCAAGGUCACUCUGCCCCGUGACUACCGCUAUGGGAUGAGCCGUCCGGGCUCUCUUGCAGACAGGAGGAAGAACCCUCCGGGGACCCGGCGGCGCCGGGUGGCUGUGGAGCCCAUCUCUGAUGAAGAGUGGCAUCUGUUCUGUGGGGACACGGUGGAAGUCCUGGAAGGCAAGGAUGCUGGGAAGCAAGGCAAAGUGGUGCAGGUCAUCCGGCAGCGCAACUGGGUGGUCCUGGAGGGACUGAACACGCACUACCGCUACGUUGGCAAGACCGCAGACUUCCGGGGAACCAUGAUCCCCAGCGAAGCGCCCUUGCUGCACAACCAGGUCAAGCUUGUGGACCCCGUGGACAGGAAACCCACCGAGGUGGAAUGGAGAUUCACUGAGGCGGGAGAGCGCGUCCGUGUCUCCUCAAGAUCAGGAAGAAUUAUCCCCAAACCUGAUUUUCCCAGGGCGGACGGCAUCGUCCCUGAGACGUGGACGGAUGGUCCCAAAGACACCUCGGUGGCAGAUGCUCUAGAAAGAACCUACGUGCCCCGUUUAAAGACCCUGGAGGAGGAGGUGAUGGAGGCCAUGGGGAUCCAGGAGCCGCGGAGACACAAGAAAGUCUACUGGUACUGAACCCAGGAGAGCAGCCUCUCCCCUCGUCUUCACCAGGAAGGCCAGGGCCACUCUUCUCCAGACCCCAAUAAAGAGCCAAGAGUCCUCCCUC